GCCGCCUGCCGGGGCAGGGACGUCGCGGACCGGCGCGGCAGGUAGCGCUGCCGGCGGAGCGGGCUGGGCCGGGCCGGGCCGGGCGGGACGGCGCGGCCAUGGGGAAGGUGCAGCUCUUCGAGAUCCGACUGGGCGAGAGCCGCGUCGUCUACAGUCCCGGCGAGCCGCUGGCCGGCACCGUCACCGUGCGGCUCUCGGGCUCGCUGCAGUACCGAGCCAUCAAGGUGAGCUGUGUUGGAUCCUGUGGGGUGUCUAACAAGAUCAAUGACACAGCAUGGACUGUGGAGGAGCAGUACUUUAACAGCACACUGUCUCUGGCAGACAAAGGGGUCCUGACAGCUGGAGAGCACAACUUUCCCUUCCAGUUCCUGCUGCCAGCCUCUGCUCCUACAUCAUUUGAAGGCCCUUUUGGCAAGGUCCUCCAUCAGGUGAAAGCUGUGAUAGACACACCUCGCUUUUCCAAGGACUACAAGUGCAACAAGAUCUUCUAUGUUCUCUGCCCUCUCAACUUGAACGACAUCCCUGACAUUGAGCAGCCCAACACUAUGUCAAUCACCAAGAAGUUCAACUACAAGCUUGUGAAAAGCGGCAACAUUGUCUUGACCGCCACCUCAGAUCUGAAAGGGUACAUCGUAGGGCAAGCAAUCCAGCUCCGCACGGACAUAGAGAACAAAUCGGGCCGGGACACUGGGGCUGUGGUAGCCAGUCUGCUCCAGAAAGUGGCUUAUAAAUCCAAGCGCUGGAUUUACGACCUGAGGACCAUUGCGGAGGUGGAAGGCUCAGGAGUGAAAGCCUGGAAACAUGCAGAAUGGAGGGAGCAGAUCCUUGUUCCAGCACUGCCCCAGUCCAUUCUGCAGGGCUGUAGCCUCAUACAUAUUGACUACUACAUCCAAGUUUCGCUCAAGUCACCAGAUGUUUCAGUCACUCUUCCCAUUUAUAUUGGUAACAUUGCUGUGAACAGGGUGCCUCUGAGCCCCUCCCGGUCCAUCCAGCACUUACCGUCUGCAGUGGUACCCAGUGCACCCCCAGAGGAAGAGGAGGCUGCCAGUGGUUAUCACCCGAUGGACAAUGUCUCGAUCCCCACCAAAAGCCAUUCCCAGCAGCAGCCAUUUAGCUACGCCCCAGGACUGAGCUUCCAGGAGAUAAGGGUGGACUCGGAGCAGACGGGCUCCCCAAACCAUCCCACGCUCUGCCUGUCGACAGGAGCCACUGUCCCUUACUACGCUGAGGGGAACGUGGUGCCCGUCCCCACUGCCAGCUCUCUCAUUUUGCCUCCGGAGUACAGCACAUGGGGCUACCCAUACGAGGCGCCUCCAUCCUAUGAGCAGAGCUGCAGCAGUGCCAACUCCAGCAUCAGCAAUGGCAACUAGCUUCCCCUGCUUCGAGUCCUGCUGGCACUGCCCACCCCCAGGCGCCAUGGUUCACCUGCCUACUGCAAAGUCUGGUACAGCACAAGGCGUCUUUUUAUAUCUCUGGCUGCUUGGUGGGGUAAAUGGCACAUCCCGGCCCAGGCUUUUUAAGUCUCUUAAGGGGUGGGGAGGAGGGGAACAAAAAGGGCAGCCAGAGCAGCCUCUGUGUGUGUGUGUGUGUAGGAGAGGUCUGGGAAACUGAACCGCCUCCUGCUGCUGCACCAAGUGCUGGAGAACUGGUUUUGCCCCAGGGAUGCCCUCUGCAGCAGCCUGUGUUUAAAGUACUGUAGUCAACACUAACUGCUUUACUAUCAAAGCACCUGCGAUGCCUUAUCUGAAAUGCUCCUGACUUGGCAUGUCUCCACUGUAGGUGAAGGCUGGGCUGUGUGGACUUUUGCUUCUCUUUUAGGGGCCAUGUGCUCUCCAGUAAUGGUUUUGACAGCCUUUCCUCCUUGUCCUCAUAGGUCCUAAGGGUAGCUGAAACAGGAGGUUUCCUGGAGUAAGCAGGUUCAGAAGGACCAGGACACUUAAAAAGCCAAAAGCACAAGCCCUCGCUAUACCUGUGUGGGGUGAGUGACCGGCAGCCUCUGGUCUUCUCGCAGUGGGCUGCACCGCUGCCUGUAGGCGGUGAGAGGAGAGCAGGCUCUGGCAGCCGGGAGCUCGCUGGGGCAGUUGCUCAUAGCCCAAGAGGCCCCGGAGAGCCCAGUGUUACUGUGGGGUGCCCACCAGCCACCUUCUGGCCUUUUUCAGCAAGGGCGACUUUUCUCUGAAAAGCCCUGUAGGACAGAGUCCAUCCCUGCUUGCUGCCAGACUGCAGCGCCCAGGAUGAACCGCGCUAGUCAGCCUGCAGGCAGGGGGACCGGAUCCCCCAUGUCCCACCUCCUACCCCUGCAGGGUGCCCUCUCCAUCCCAGCUGCCUCUGGCAGGCCUGAAUUACCUGACAAUCAAGUUAGAAAAGUCUGUCUGAUGCUACCUCUGAGUCUGCCCAAGGACCCUGUCCGUGGAAGCCCCCUCCUCUGGGCCGACCCUCCUGCGAGGCUCAGCCUGAUGUCUCUCGCAGGAGCGGUCAACGCUGCUGAGCCAGCGUGUGAGGGUGCUUGGCCUGGGGACUGCGCUUUCUGCGAGCUGGUACUGGUUUUACCGCCUGUCUCCUGAGCCACCUCUUGAGCCACAGCAGGAUGCAAAAAUGAGCGAGUGGGAACACAAACUGCUCCGCCUCAUUUGCAGCCUCCGCUGGACCUGGCAGGUCAGGGGAAGAAGCUGGUGGAUGUAAAACAUUUUUCUUUUGCGCCUUUUUUUCCCCCCCCCUUGUUUAGCUUUUCUUAGUAUUGACUGCCCAAGCUGAGGAAACCACAAACCAGAUACUUAAGAGCUGCAGGCAUCCAGCCACGGCUGAAACUGUGGACUUGCAGACCGUUGGCACCUCUGAUCAUUGGUCUCGGCGCUGCCUCACGCUGGGCGGGCAGUAUCUAACAAACCUGUUAGGAGCACUACAGCCUCUGCCUCCUCCUUUUAGUCCGCCUCUGCACGCCCUUGGCAGGCAGCUGGGGACGAGCCCUGCUUUGCACUCUUUCUUUGCAAAUGCUUUUUAUUAUUUUUUUUUUUAAGUGUUGAACUGCUUUAAGGCUAGUGUAGAGAAGGUGCUGUUCUGAGCAGUGCUGGCACAACAUGCACCAAUGUUGAUAGAAUGAUUGUCAUUGUCCCUGAAUAUAUAUAUAUAUAUAUGAGAUGAAGUUCUGUUUUUAAUGAUUGAAUUCAUAAAUACAAAUUUUAAUGCUGUAUUUAAUAAAUUAUUCUGAGAGAAA